UCCAGUUCAAGAAAACACAUAGGACUUGUUUAGAAAUUGAAAACAGAGAAGAUUUGUUCCCCUGUUCUUCCAUUUUCAUUUCUCUCUUAUAUACAGAAUUUCUUCCUCACACAGAGACAACCGGGGGUUCCAUCGUCAGUAACUUCUUCGGCUCAGCGUCGACGUCGUUGCUGGGCCACCGGCUUGUGGCGUUCAUAAGUUUAAGAUAGGAAGGGCGAAGAUUGUAUCCUUUUGGCAGUAGUCGCGACCAGCACAAAAAAUUUGGGAUUUUUGUGGUUCUAAUCCUUUUAUAAUUACAAAAAUCAGACUGGAUUGAAGAGAGAGACGGACGGAAAGAAGAAGAAAGCUGAAGUAGCAACAAAAAUGGUGGUCUCCAGUAGUAAUUCCAACAAGGAGAUAAGUGUCAGGAGAAGGAUUGCCAGCAUAUACAAUAAACGACAGGAAGAUUUUCCAUCUUUGAAGGAAUACAAUGAUUACUUGGAGGACGUUGAGGACAUGAUUUUUGACUUGGUUGCUGGAGUGGAUGUCCCUGCUAUUGAAGAAAAAAUUGCGAAGUACCAGAAAGAAAAUGCUGAACAAAUAAUGCUUAAUCAAGCAAUUAAGGCUGAAGAAUUAGCUGCAGCUUUGGCAGCUAGCAAGGCAUAUCCUGGACAGGCUGAUGCUGAUGGGAGCUCUCAAGGAGGAUUCAGCAUUGAAACAAUGCAAUAUGCACCGUCAGUUCCCGGAGGACAGCCAAGACCAACAGGCAUGGCUCCACAACCUCUGCCACUUGGUGGAACAGACAUGCUUGACGACGAGGAAAUGAUGAGACUCCGAGCAGAGAGAGGGGGCAGGGCCGGUGGUUGGAGUAUGGAGCUUAGCAAGAAGAGGGCACUUGAGGAAGCUUUCUCAAGCAUUUGGAUUUAGGCUCUUCCUAAAUGAACACCAGUUUUGUCUAUAUGUUGGUUGGCUCCCAUGCCAUACAGUAAAGGGGCUGUUUUUGUUAGAGCUUUCAUGUGAUGUGCCUAAUGGGAUUUUGAGAUGAAUGUGAAAAUUGAAAACACAUCUAACACGUUAUGGACUAUUCGUCUUUUUUUUUGAGGUGUUAAGAUUUUGCAUUAUUAAUGACGUUGAAGUAUUUUAUGGACCA